AUGCUUUUUUCCUACGUCGAUAAGGAGUACUUCAUUCCAACUAUGCUUUUUUCCUACGUCGAUAAGGAGUACUUCAUUCCAACUAUGCUUCUUUCCUACGUCGAUAAGAGUACUUCAUUCCAACUAUGCUUCUUUCCUACGUCGAUAAGGAGUACUUCAUUCCAACUAUGCUUCUUUCCUACGUCGAUAAGAGUCCUUCAUUCCAACUAUGCUUUUUUUUUCUACGUCGAUAAGGAGUACUUCAUUCCAACUAUGCUUUUUUCCUACGUCGAUAAGGAGUCCUUCAUUCCAACUAUGCUUUUUUCCUACGUCGAUAAGGAGUACUUCAUUCCAACUAUGCUUUUUUCCUACGUCGAUAAGGAGUACUUCAUUCCAACUAUGCUUCUUUCCUACGUCGAUAAGGAGUCCUUCAUUCCAACUAUGCUUCUUUCCUACGUCGAUAAGGAGUACUUCAUUCCAACUAUGCUUCUUUCCUACGUCGAUAAGGAGUCCUUCAUUCCAACUAUGCUUCUUUCCUACGUCGAUAAGGAGUACUUCAUUCCAACUAUGCUUCUUUCCUACGUCGAUAAGGAGUCCUUCAUUCCAACUAUGCUUUUUUUUCUACGUCGAUAA